UCUCAGCAGGGCCAACCCUCCCGUGGCCCUUUGCUCCCAUUCCAGCUGUAGGUUAGGGCAUGUCCUGGGCCUUAGGGACCAGUGCCCACUCAGGUUUGGGGAUUUUCCUCUAAGGAGCCAUGGUAAGGAUGGGUUGGGGGGGAGUUCCUGCCUCUCUCUCUUUUUGCCCACCUCUAAGGAGGGAGCUGGUGCAAGGCAGAGGCUUGGAACUCUUGUUCCAGAAACUAGAAAGGGCUUCUGCUGGGGUGGGAGGCUGGUGCUGGCUGGCAGCAAGCUGUAGGGAAUGGGGCUUGCUGAGUCUGCACUGUACUCCACCCCCCACCCCCCAGCAAAACAAGAAACCAAGCAAGCAUGCAUGGGAAGAUGCUGGGGACACACAGGCCCGAGGCAGGUCAAGGGAAUGAAGGAUCUCUAGGAACACCUCUCCCCACCUGGCCACAUCCCUUUCAGCACUGGAGGCUGAGUUCAUCCCUUACUAAGAGCCAGGAUCACUAAGAGCACAGGGAUGGAGAAAGAACCCUGGGGCGGAGAAAGGAGGGACAGAGAGAGAUUUGGGGCAGGGCAAGGCCAAAGAGCAGACUGAGGGGUAGCUUCCAAGGGAGAUGAAGGGGGGAAAGUCAUUCAACAAGUCUUUAUUAAACAGCCACAAUUUGUCCUGCCCUGUCCUGCGCUAGGCAAUGUCAGAGGACAAAAGAUGAUGGCCAUGGAGAGCUUGCAGCCCUGUUGGAUGAUCAAGCUGUAUAAUUUCUGAAAUAAGGGAGAAAGUGUUACUACAGUCUCAGGUUAAGUGCCAGAUUGUGGGGCCUGGGUGGUCCAGAAGAGCUGGUUUCAGGGAAAGCUUCCUGGAAGAGGAGGGACUUUGGCUGGGCCUUAAAGGACUGGUGGGACUUGAAGAGGUGGAAGAAGACCCUUUCAGGAGCCUGAGCAAAGUCACCGAGGGUCAUGAAUAAGACAUGGGAAGUUUGCGCAGAGCUAAGCUGCAGGUGCUGAGCCUCCAGGACAGAGCAGGCAUCUUUCCUCGGAGUGAACUGGACUCAGCUUUGCCUCCUUCUCUGUCAUUUCUCUGGUAGGAAUUCUUGUACCUACGUUGACCUCCUAGAGUCCAGCCCCUCUGGUGACCUUGGGUGCCUGGGAGAAUGGUAGCAAGGCCCUAAGACCAUGUUCCACACCAUGACAUGUUGGUUUCAGCUCCUAAGCCUUCAUCUGGUGCUCCUGAACGGGGCUCCGGGGGCUGGCUGUCCAGCCCGAUGCGAGUGUGCCCCCCAGCUUCGGUCCGUAGUGUGCCAUCGCAGACGUCUCACAGCUAUCCCAGAGGGCAUCCCUACAGAGACCCGAAUCUUGGAGCUAAGCCGAAACCGCAUCCGCUGCCUCAACCCUGGUGAUCUGGCACCCUACCCCCUCCUGGAGGAGCUGGACCUAAGUGAGAAUAUUAUUGCCCACGUAGAACCAGGCGCCUUUGGGAACCUGCUGCACCUGCAGACCCUGCGUCUUCGGGGCAACCAGCUGAAGCUCAUUCCCCCGGGUGUCUUUACCAAGCUGGGCAACCUCACCUUGCUGGACCUAAGUGAGAACAAGCUGGUCAUCCUGCUGGACCACAUGUUCCAGGAUCUCAGAAACCUGAAGCGGCUGGAGGUGGGGGACAACGACCUGGUCUUCAUCUCCCAGCGGGCCUUCUCAGGAUUGUUGGCCCUGGAGGAGCUCACACUGGAGCGCUGUAACCUCACUACACUGUCCGGGGAGUCACUGGCGCACCUCCAGAGUCUCGGAGCUUUGCGGCUACGCUACCUGGGCAUCCCUGCCCUGGAGGAGCACAACUUCCGCCGUCUGCCAGGUCUGCUCCAUCUGGAGAUCGACAACUGGCCCCUGCUUGAGGAGGUCACAGCCAGCAGCCUUCAAGGCCUCAACCUGAGCUCCCUGUCGGUGACCUACACCAACAUAAGUGCGGUGCCGGCUGCGGCCCUGCGUCACUUGGCCUACCUCACCUCGCUCAACCUGUCCUACAACCCCAUCAGCACAGUGCCCCGGGGCUCCUUCCGGGACCUGGUGCGCCUGCGCGAGCUUCACCUGGCAGGCGCCCUGCUGGCGGUGGUGGAGCCUCAGGCCUUCCUGGGCCUGCGGCAGAUCCGACUGCUCAACCUCUCCAACAACCUCCUGGCCACGCUGGAGGAGAGCACCUUUCACUCGGUCAACACCCUGGAAACGCUGCGUGUGGACGGCAACCCGCUGGCCUGCGACUGCCGGCUGCUCUGGAUCGUGCAGCGCAGGAAGACCCUCAACUUUGACGGGCGGCUGCCUUCCUGCGCCACACCCGCCGAGGUGCGCGGGGACGCGCUGCGCGACCUACCGGACUCCACGCUCUUUGAGUACUUUGUCUGCCGAAAGCCCAAGAUCCGAGAGCGGCGGCUCCAGCACGUCACGGCCACCGAGGGCCAAGCGGUGAGCUUCUUCUGCCGGGCCGAAGGGGAGCCGGAGCCCAGCGUCACUUGGGUGACGCCACAGCACCGAGUGGUGACGGGGGCCAGUGUUGGGAGGGCCCGGAUGCUGGUGGGCGGCACACUAGAGAUCCGGGAGGUCCAGCCCCAGGACAGUGGCACCUACGUCUGUGUGGCCAGCAACGCUGGCGGCAAUGACACGUACUUCGCCACGCUGAUGGUGCGCCCCGGGGCCAACCGGACCCUGGGGCUGGGCGAAGCAGGGGAGCUGGCGGCUCACAACGACACGCAGUCGCCCCGCUUCCCCUUGGACCUUACCACCAUCUUGGUGUCCACAGCCAUGGGGUGUAUCACCUUUCUGGGCGUCGUCCUCUUCUGUUUUCUCCUUCUCUUUGUAUGGAGCCGAGGCCGGGGGCAACAUAAGAGCAAUUUCUCCGUGGAGUACUCCUUCCGCAAGGUGGAUGGGCCGGCUGCUGCGGCUGGCCAAGGGGGCGCCCGCAAAUUCAACAUGAAGAUGAUCUGAACCCUCCUGGCCAUGGGGGAUGACCUCGUCCCAUCAGCUCCCUCCUAACUGGGUGGCUCCGGUGUUUUCUCCUCUCCCCUGCCCAGGGGUGGGAGGAGAGGUCUUGAGCCCUGGGUUUUGAGGCAGAUGACAACCUGGGUUGGAAUUCCAGCCCUAUCAUUUACUAGCUAUGUGACUUUGGGCAAGUCCCUUCCCCUCUCUGGGCCUCAGUUUCCUUGCCUGUAAAAUGAGAGAGGAGAGAUCAGAUCGAUGAUCUCUAAAGUCCUUUCCCUUCUGGCUUUAAAUCCAUUGGUCCUAUGAUCCUUCUCUCUCGUGGAGAGUAGAUCUCCAAGGAGGGAAGGGGAAGGUGUCCACCCAGAGGCACCUUGGCUGGGGUGAUGGGAUGCUGGGAGGAGGCAUGUAAUCGCCCCAAAGUCUUGAGGUGAGGGAACGUGGAAGAGAUUUCCAAGCCUGGGAAACUCAAGGCCCUGCCCUCCAGUGGGGAGAACCUGACCUCAGAACUUAACUUCCCAUCUACCCACCUCCUGCAGGAGGGCCUGGGUGAAUGCCCCCCACCCUACCUAUUUUUUAAAAAAAUAAUCAACUAUGCAUUUCUCAAAGGCUGGGGAAGGAGCAGGGAAACCCAGCCAGGGCUGGCAAAGAAGGAUUUAUUUCCUUUUCAAAAAUAGAAAAAAAUGCCUUCUGACAGAAAUGCUUUUUUACCAGGAUGCAUUUCUAAAAGGGUUUUCAGCCAAGGUCUUCUGAGCCCCAAUGGGGCUGUGACUCUGGGGGAAACAGAUGAUCUAUGCUUCCUCCCUACCCUCCUAAUGUCCUAUGCAGACCUUAGAUUCCCCAGGGAAGGGGAUGGAGGAGGGAGAGACAUCCUGGGGCAGAACUCAGCUGCUCAGGGGGCACAUAGGAGAAAUCGCUGACACCCACCACUAACAGGGAGGUUCCCAACUGAAACAGCACAUACAGCCCAUAUAGAAGGGACCAAGCAGUUUCCAUCCAGAGCCCAUGUGGAUCCCAAACCCCAAUUACAGCAGAGCUGAGGGCAACAGUACUACCCAAGGUCAGGGACAGGGAUGAGCCACCUUUGCCCCUGGUAUCUCCUGCACCAUUUGCAUAGCUCAUAUUCUCUCAAAUGGGGGGUAGGGGGAGAAUUGGAGUUGGCAUAGUGAAAACCAAACCAGAAGGAGCUGGGGCUCAGCUACCCCACUACCAAAAUUCUUGGGGUAUAUGACCAAGGAAGCGGUCUGUUGGCUUAAUGGUUGUAGCUCCUCUGGGAAUGAUACCAAAGUCACUACUUCAAGUUGUAAAUGGGCUCUUCCAUGCCAUGUCCUCUGCCUUCAGCACCCCCUAAGGCCUAGACCCUAGAGUUGACUAAUGCCUAAUCCCAGCCAACUAUCCUACAAAUGUGGGCCAUUCAUCAUAGAGGAAUGGGGAAGUGGGGUACAUUUUAGUGCCUCCCCAAUACUAGGAAUGCAGAGGAGGGUGACCUAGAUGGGGAGGCUCUGCCCUGUAAGAAUCAGUUGAAGGAUCUGAGUGAAUGUAGUCUGGAGAAAAGAUUGGGAGGGAUGGAGAGAAGAGAGGGGAUUGGGAUAGAGAUGAUAGCUGUCAUCAGGUAUAUCCAGGGCUAUCCUGUGGAAGAGGGACUUAUUCUGCUUGCCUUAAGAGAGCAGAACUGGGAGUAAUAGAUGGAGUUAAGGAGAGAGACAAGUUUUAGUUGUUUGUAUGGGGGGAAAAAAGAUUCCCAAUAAUUAAAACUUAGGAAGGAGUUGUCUGGGAGACAACUCUCUUCAGCACUGAUUCAAAUCAUCCACCAGUCAGGAAUGUUGAGGGAUCAGACUGGAUAAUUUCUUUGAUCCCUUACUACUCAAAUUCUAUAAGCUAGAUUCUAAAGGAAAGCGAGUAAUGGGGUGGGGGCGACCAAUGGACAAGGAAAGAUGGUCUUGGCUCAAGAGGAACCACCAUCUCUGCCCCAGAGCCUGGAAAUGGAGAUGGGAGAGAAUCCACCAAGAAAAACAAUUUGUUUCAGAAAAGAUAUGGAAAGAGCUUUAAACUACAGGAUUGGAGCUUAGGCUUAUGGUCCCUGAAGGUGGCACUGUAGCCCCUCUCCCACAAUGGAUUUUCAAAGAAUUCUUCCCAGCAGCAUGAGGGGAGAGGGAGGGGGAAAUGUCUUUUAAACCAUCCAUUAUUUUAUCCCCUUAUUUUUUUCAGAGUAAACUGGGCCUCAGAAAUGUUAAGUGAGCUAUGUUGGGGAUGAGGGUAGGGAUGGGGAAAGGAGGGAUGGGAUGCUUGCCAUUAUCUUUGUUCUUUCUCCAAAAUCUGGGCUGGGGAGGUUUAAGGCCUACUCAUCACACUUCAUUCCUCAUUCAGCUGCUGGUUAUUUCAGGAUAACCAGGCAUUGGCCUCAGUUUCCCUCUGCAUGGUAGAGCUAGAGGUGGGCAGAAGAUUUAGAUGAACCCCGAUUCAUUUCUUGAUCCGAAUCAUUUCUUCAGAUUUGACUGCCCCAGCAUGGCUUUUCCUUGUCAGAAUUAGAGCCCUCCCUUUACUGGGCUCAUUGGAAGAAACACUUUUUAAAAAAAAAUUUAUCAAUAAAAAAGUAGAAAUUAUA